UCGGUCCAGUACAAGGUAACAGGUUGUAUUUGUCGAGAGAUUUACUCACUCUGGGUUGUGUGUUUGUGUCAUGGAAGCUGUCACCGAAACACAUUUCAUCAAGGAGAACCACAGAAGUGGAUAGAAAAAACACAGCAGCGAACAACUUUUAGACUUCAAAUUGAAUGUAGCAUGUCUGCAUCUGCCUCGGGUAGAAAAACCCCAGUGGAUUAUGGGGUUCAGAUCCGCUUCAUAAACGACCUGCAUGAAACAGGAGGUGGUGGUGGAGGCGGAGGUGGAGGAGGAGGACGUCGAGACGGCUCGGGGAAAUCCUCGUCCCGUUAUGGUGUGGCUGUCAGGGUGCAGGGCAUCGCGGGCCAGCCAUAUGUAGUGCUCAAGGAUGGAAAGAAGGGAGAUUCUUAUGGAGUGCAGCUCCGAACCCCAUCUUACAGCAGCUUGCCCAGGAGGCGGGAGGAUGAAAUAGAGGACAGCCAGUAUCUUCCCACCUCAGACGGCAGCGUGUUGCGACGGGCUCAGUCUCACGGCUCUCUACUGGACCGAGAGAGUGACUACAACGACACAGAGUUCAGGCGUCCUAAUGGAGACGGCCGAUCCGGGAGCUACGACAACUUAGAAGGAGGGAUGGGUGCAGGGGUUGAAAGGAACCGGUGGAGAGGCUCCCACCAAGCAGGGCUGAACGGCUCUUUAGAGCAGGAAAAUCUGAGAGGAAGGAACAGUUACUACGAAUCUUCUUCCGACGUUGUUAAUCCAUCACAGGAGAGACGCACCAAAAAUGGAGGAAGCAGUUCGGUCGGACAAGUCGGCAGUGUCAGAGGCUCCUCUAGGGGAAGCACUGCUGGUGUCAAAGCAAGAAACGGGCCUAACACUGUAACUCCCGUCCUUUCUCCUGCUCAGUUGGUGCCUCCAAAAGAAUACGCAUCUCCUCCGACUUCCUCAUCCGUUUCGGGAUACAACAGACCGAGCCGAAACUCUGAAUCUGUGGCCAAGAUGACGGCUGUGCCUUCCUCUGGUUUAAAUGAUAAUUGGACAGCAGUAGAUGCUCAUGUGACUCCUGAUCUUUUGAGGGAUCAAAGUCAGAGCUCCGGGUCAGAGUUCAGCAGCGAGGAGGAUCAGAUCCAGCAGAUAAUCUAUGGUGUUCUACGUCAGGGGAGCAACGACAGCGACGCUGUAAUCAAACGCAGAGUCCGACUCAUCUGCGAUAAGAUCCAGGGGCUCAAGAUCAACCAAUCAGAACUUGUGCUUAAGGAACAGCUGGAACAGAGUCUGGAUGAAAAUAUUAAUCUGCAGGAACAGCUGAUCAGGAAGAAGACUGAAUUAGAUCAGGCCCAUUCUGAGAUGAUUCAGUUGCGUAUGGAGAGGGAGAAUGCGGAGUCUCGUGUAAGACAGCUAGAUGACCAGCUUGCAGGGAUGCAGGAGGAGCUGAGGAGGGAGACGGACAACAGAGCAGACGGUGACAUGCUGCAAGAGGAGUUGCUGGCGCUGCGCCGUGAGCUGGCUGAAAUGGCAGCGCUGCAUCAGAGACAGGAGGACACUCUGAGACAGAGAGAGCGAGAGCUGACUGCACUGAAAGGUGCCCUGAAGGACGAGGUGUCCACCCAUGACCGAGAGAUGGAAACGCUUCGACAACAAUACAGCCAAGACAUGGAGAAACUAAGGGCCAGCAUGGCGCAGGUUUCACAGUCUCAGGCAGGCAUAGAAGCAGAGCGCCAGCGAGUGAACUCUACAGUGCGCUCCCUACAGCAACAGGUGGAGGAAAGCAAAGAGGAAGGGAGCCACUGGAGAGAGCAGUUCCAGACCACCAGAGAUGAGCUCCGCAACACCAAACAAGAGCUUCUCCAGGCUCGAUUAGAUAAAGACGAGUUUGAAGAGGAGCUAAAAGAGCUGCAGGAGAAACUGAGCAUCAUGAAACAGCAGAUCCCUGAUGUCAAACAAAAUGAAACCCACAAACAGGAGCUGGAGCGUAGCCGUGCAUCACUGAAGCAAGCCGAAGCAGAGAUCGAGAAAUUAAAACGGGACCUCGACAAGAAGACGAUGGAGAUCAUUUCUUUGAAAAGGACCAAUCAGGAACUGGAUGCCGAGCAGAAAUAUGAGAUCGACAGGCUGAAGGACCAGUCACGAAAAGAAAAGGAGGAGUUGGCUAAAGUUCAUGAGAAAGCCAAGCAGCUUGCUGAUCCUGCAUUGGUGGAGUCUAUGCGUGGGGAAAUGCGUGCAGUGCGCGGAGAGGCGGAGCGUCUGCGAAGUAACUUACUUUUGGCUGAGGAGGAUCUACAGAAAGAAAGAGAGAGACUCACGUUGUUCCAAACAGAAAUGAGCACGGUUUCAAAUGAACGAGAGGCUCUAGAGGAGGCUAACUCACGCCUCAAAGACAAACUCGCACGUCUGGAGUCCACGAUGCAGGAACAAGUUUCACAGAAUAUGGAGGCAGAGCAGGAGCUGCAGUUGGAGAACAGAAAGCUGAGGCAGCAGCUGGAAGAGACCAAACGCAGCAGCACCAAAUUGAGCCAGGAAAGAGACGAACUGUCUCGAGCAAUAGAGGAGCGAGACAGGGAUAGGGACACUGUCCGCAAGGACAACACGCAGCUGGACGAACAAAAGAAACAGCUUGAAAAGACAGUGGACAAACUCAACAAAGAGAUCGAGCGCUUGACUGCUGAUUCCAGUGUCUCUGUGCGGCUGUUACAGUCUCAGUUCGACGAGCAGAAAGAAAAGUGGAAGAAGGAGCAGCAGGACCUGCAGAAGAUCAACAAGGAGAAAAUCAGUGAGCUGGAAAAAUCCCAGAUCACUUUGCGUUCUCUCAAGGAGGAGUUGUCUCGUCUGAAGAAAGAGCUGCAGUCAUACUAUGAGGAGAAGGAUAAUGCUGUUCUGGACAGAGAGAUGUUAGUGAACCGCGUCAAACACCUGGAAGGAGAGCUGGACAGUCAACGCAACACGUUCAAUGACCGUGCUCGUGACCUCCGCAGCAUGGAGGAAAAAGUCAAGCGCUUGGAUCUGGAGCUGGACGAGGAGAAGAACAGCGUGGAGCUCCUGACCGACAGAAUAACCAGGAGCCGAGACCAGAUUGAGCAGCUGCGUUCAGAGCUAAUGCAGGAAAGAUCAUCCAAACAAGACCUAGAGCUGGACAAAAAUGCCCUGGAGAGACAGCUAAAGGAGUAUAAAUCCCGUAUAAAAGAAAUGGAGGGCCAGUCCCGAAGUUCCACCAAUGUUUCUCAGCUAGAGAGCAAACUGCAGGAUUUGGAGGAGCGGCUACGUAAUGAAGAAAGUGAUAAAAAUGCAGCACUUUCCUCACAACGCCGUCUGGAGAGGAAGCUGAAAGAGCUGUCCAUGACUCUGGACGAGGACAGACAGCAGAUCACAGAGCAGAGAGAUCAGCUGGCUCUGCGUGUGAAGGCAUUGAAGAGGCAGGUGGAUGAGGGAGAGGAAGAGGUAGAGCGGUUGGAGGGAUUGCGAAGGAAAGCAGUAAGAGACAUGGAGGAGCAAACGGAACAAAAAGAGGCGCUACAGACUCGAGUCACAGCACUGGAGAAUGAACUCAAGAGGAAGAUCCAGCAAGCCCGACUCAUUUCAGUGGCCUCUCCAGGUCUCAGCUCAGAUGAUGACGACGAAAGCCUGUUUGACUCCUCAACCAUCACCUCCAUCCUCACAGAGAGCAAUUUACAGACCAGCUCCUGCUAGGUGGAGAUUAGAGAAGAAGGUCACUCUUGGACUAUUUGGGUGAAAUGAGCUUUCAGUAGCGAGGAGCGACGUCAGAAACUGAGCCACUUUACACAGGUGGGGAUAGGGCCUUGCUAAAAUUACACAAGAAGGCAGAAUAUAAUGUAAACAAAUUGUUCAAGCCUUUUGAAGAGGCGGACAAACCUACAUACUGCACAAAGGCGAAGAGCUAAAUGUCCAGUUUAUUAGUUCAGAGAGUUGUGUAGUUUGCACUUACCUGUAUUUCACUACAAUCUACUAUAGUACUAGUGACAUGAUGCGACUAACUGUGUUGAGCAUAACUGUAAGUUAACUGCGAAAUUGAUCACUCAGUUUUAGUUAUGAAUUAAGGAAAUUCACCAGGAAUGCGCAGUUCUCUGUGGAAUUGCGUUCAUAUAUUCAUCUGUUAACUUUAGUAUCAAUGUGUGGCCACACAAAUUUGCAUGAAUCCUCAAAUAUUCUUUGAAUCUUAAAAAAGUGUAUAUAUAUAUUUAUUAUAAUUGUAAUACAAUUUAAACAAUUCACAAUUUUCUUCAGGAUCAGAUCGCUUGUUUAAUAUUAAACAAUUAACCGAGCCUGAUUUCACCAGGACUUUCAACAAAGUGCUUAUAGAUUAACUUAGAAAAUAAUAUUCAAUUGUAUAAUUCCUACAGCUAAUAAGUGUCAGUUUAGUAACAUAAGAAUGUAGUCAUCACUACAAUAUUCAGCGAUGUUGAUGGUUACAUUAAGAGACACACAGCCAAUAACAACAGGCUGCAAUAAACCUUGUGACCAUUUCAGAUUUAAUAGAAUGAAAACACACACACGCACACAUUCAGAGGUAUUCGCUUGAACGCUGCACCAAUCAAGACACGUUUUUUUUUUGUGUGUGUUAAGAUUUUCUAACUUAUCGCAUAGACUCACCUAGGGAUGAUGGAUUUGAUUAGUUACUAUCGCACAUGCAAAAAAGUUGUAUCUGUAAUUUAGAAAUCUGCAGAGCUUUACUUUACCUUUAUCAACUUCAACUGAGAUCCAUUAAACGUGCUUGCUUCUCGGUUCAUCGUGUAUGACCAGGCAUACACGUUAGGGUGAAAAUCUCAGGUAGAACAGGUAUGAAAGUUAAGGUUCUAGAUAUCCCACCAGACAGAUUGACUUUUGCUUGCUGUGAUUUAUCUGAGCUCUUUAAAACCCAAUAGAUAUCACGAAACCUUAAUGGAAGAAUAGUAUACAGGACUCGAGUGUGCUGAAUCUUCCCAUAGCAAAUGCACUGAUCAUUAUUUUAUAUAUAUAUAUAUUUUUUUAGACAAAGAGAUACUAUGAAAACCCUAUUAAUGCUCUUUUCAUUCACAUUUACUAAAAGACAUGAAUAAAGUAAAUAUCAAUGGUACGAAGGUACACAUUCAUGUGUAAAAGGAAAGCGAACAACUACACAGAUUUUGUUGCUAAAUACAGCACUAGACAUGUAGCAUUAAAUACCGACACGAUGUCUGACUUGCUCAUGGAACUACAUACGAGCAGCGAAGCUAUUUUUGAGCCAUGCAAUCAGUGGCUUGUCACGAGUGCUUUAUUGUCUGCGUCCUUUAGUUUGCGAGUGUUUGUGAACGUCUCCGUCUCCGAUAUGUUCAGCGGUACGAGUGUAUUACACACACACACACCAUUAUCCAAAACUUGAUCUUAGCAUUCCAGCCAAUGUUUCUGUGUAAAAAUCUAAUCACCUUGUUGGAUCUAUUUAGACCACUCUGUCGAAGAACAAAUUUACGUGUGUAUGUAUAAUUGUGAAUUUUUUUGUAGAAAUUCUACUUGAACAAUCAGUGAUGAAAUCAAGUAAAAGCGUUUUAUGAUGUAAUAACGACGAGGUGCUUGAUCUCUCUAUGUACAGUCUUGUUGCUGAAACAUAUAACGGUAAAGACUGAUGCUUUUAAAUGUCUUUUCAAUCUCUAACUUUGUAUUUUUACCAUAUAUUUUUAUGAAAAAUAAACCUUAAGCACAUGUG